UCUUUGGACGGCGGGCGAGGCCGACGGGGUGGCGGAGACGGGGCAAAUGACGGUCUGGAGGACCUGGGUCGGAAGACGGUGGAUGCGGUCCGACAGCUCUGCCACGAAGGGCGUCUCACGGUAACGCAGAAGCAGAAACUGAUCUUCUCGGUGAUCCGAUCAACCAAGCAAGAGGAGGUGUCGCAGGUAGAGAUGGCGUACGAUCUAUUGGUGGAGAACGCGCUGGCGGGGGAAGACAGCGCAUUGGAAGAGUUUGCGGAUCAGUGUGUAUUGCUCUGCGCGGCGGGGGGGGCGGCGAGUAGCUUGGUGUAUGACGAGGCAGGCCCGGAGGAGGGAGAGGAUGGUAUCGACGAGUAA